GUCUCCACCAGCUCCUUCCUCUCAAUCAUUAGCUUCCCUCUCCUCCCUCUCCUCCUCCUCUGAAUGUGUUUCAGUAACAAGAGAAUCAAGAACCACUAUUCUUCUUUCAAGAAUCUACUCCAAACAUGUCUAAUAACAACGACGGAGCUCUUGUCGUGAAGAAACCUCCGGCCAAAGAUAGACACAGCAAAGUAGAUGGAAGAGGGAGAAGGAUACGUAUGCCUAUCAUCUGCGCAGCUCGUGUCUUCCAGCUAACAAGAGAGCUCGGACACAAAUCAGACGGUCAAACCAUCGAAUGGCUGCUACGUCAAGCUGAGCCUUCUAUCAUAGCCGCGACAGGAACCGGCACAACUCCGGCUAGUUUCUCCACUGUGUCAGCCUCACUCCGAGGAAACUCCACCACCACCACGAAUUGCUCCUUGUCCUCGUCUCUAGAUCAUAAACCUUUGCUAGGUUCAUCACCGUUUAUACUCGGAAAACGCGUGAGAGCUGACGAGGAUACACCGUCUGGGUUCUGGGCGGUUCCGGCGAGGCCAGAGUUCGGACAAGUAUGGAGCUUUGCCGCAGGAGCUACACAAGAGAUGUUCUUACAACAACAGCAGCAACAAGCAGCUGGACUUUUUGUCCACCACCAGCAGCAACAGCAACAAGCUGCAAUGGGUGAAGCUUCGGCGGCUAGAGUUGGGAACUAUCUUCCGGGUCAUCUUAAUCUGCUUGCUUCUUUAUCUAGUGGAGCUCCCGGGUCGGGUCGGGGAGAGGAUGAUGACCAGCGUUGAUGCCUUGAUGGUGAAGUUAAACCUUUUUUUACUUUUGGUAUUAUUAAUAUUAAUCUAUGUUUCUCUAUUGUCAUCAAUCAAUCUCUUGCAUUGUUUACUCGAGUAGCUUAUUUCUCUAUGUGUGUGUUUAAGUUUUUAGAGAUCGGUUGAUUGAUCCCACGAGUUAGUCGAGAGGGUUUUUAAGAUUAGGGUUAGGGUUUAAGAAUCUAGUCUAAAGAGAUCGAUAUUUCAUCUGAACCAAGAUUUACUUUAGUACAUCAUGUAGGGUAAUUACGAAACCGUGGAGGUUUUUUACCCCUUUUGUCUGUUUUUUUUUGGCUAAGCAGAGCCGUUGUCAAGAUUCCAGAUACUAGUUUGCUAAUUGUGUAAUGUGUUACAACAAUUGUGGUGAGAACAUUUGCGCAAGCUGUUAAACCACUUUGUUUCUUAAUAAAUGUUAUAGACUUCGUAUUG